CAGGGAUCAGAGGUGGGCGUUUCUACCCUGAAUUCAUUGGAACUUCUGGUCCAGGCUGCACCGUAUGGACACAGAUAUUCCAGAUUUUUUGGAUGACAAGUGGGUUUCUUGGCUCUUUGAGGAAGUCAAGAAGUGAAUGCGAAAUGAUGUGAAAGAUUUGGUGACGCAUUUGACUGCGCUGAAGAAAUAAGUUGUAAUUCCUGAUUCAGACAGAGAUGAAACUGGCAGGUUUAUCGAUCAAACGAAACGAGCAACUGCCAAAAAGCAGCAGGUUGGACAAAUGCUCGUAUUUGAGCGAUUGAUAGCUCUGACCUGUACACUAUACACCUGUGGCAUUGAAAGCAGGUUGCAAACCAUGCCUGUAAUUCAAACCAGAAGAUGGAGCAAUGGGCUAAGGCCUGUUUCCUCCAAAGAAGAUUCCUGAUAGCAUAUUCUUGGCUUAAAAAACAUCUUGAACGGAAAGGCUUCCAGCAUCUCAAAGUGAAAUGAAACCAUAAGAGCCCUUCGUUGCUUGUUGUUUUACAUUUAGCUGCGGAGACUUAGAGAUGCUUCAAUACCUCCGCAGAGACGUCCGCAGCUUUGAGCGGGAUGUUCACAUGUUUCACCUGAUUUGGCUCAAGGCUUCCCGGGUCGCGGCUAAUCACAAGCACGGGAUUGUUUUUUUCCACUUUGCUUUUGGUCUUUGGGUUGUGUGAUUUCACGCAAAUAGACUUGCCAUGGCUCAGUACGGAAAGGCCGAAUACUGGGAGGAGCGCUACACAAGGGAUCCUGAGCCUUUUGAUUGGUAUCAGCGAUGGGCUGGGCUCAAGGAUACCUUCACCGAGUUCGCGCAACCUUCCCACGCCAUCUUGAUGCUGGGCUGUGGCAACUCACGCCUCAGUGAGGAGAUGUAUGAGGAAGGCUAUCACAGUAUCACCAAUAUCGACCUUUGUAUGACAGUCAUCAAAGCAAUGCAGGAGAAGUACCGCGACAAGCCCGGCUUGACAUACAAGCAGAUGGAUGGACGCUCCAUGGAGCUCCCAGAUGCCAACUUCAAUGUGGUCAUCGACAAGGCCUGCCUGGACUCGAUCUUGUGCGGCGAGGGCUCCACACACAACGCCCAGAAGCUGUUGACGGAGGUCUCCAGGGUUUUGCAGCCAAACGGGGUGUACAUCGCCGUGUCUCACGGGCAGCCAUCCUAUCGCCUCACCUACCUGCAGCGGCCAGAGUUUGGAUGGAAUGUCAAGACCUACACCGUGCAGAAGCCAAUGAUGGGUAUGACUGCCUCAUUGUCUGCAGAUGACAAGGACAGCGUUCACUACAUCUACGUCUGCGUGAAGGGCGAAGUGGCCAAGGAUUCAUGAGACCGGGUGUGUGCCCAGGGUGCGAACUGAGAGAUUUCGUGCAAAUCAAGACUUUGGCGGAUGCCAAAGCGCACACGAAGGAUGUGCUAUGGAGACCUGCUAUGUAAAUGCCUGCCUUUCAACUCAAAUGUCAAUACCUCUCAGUCAAAAAAUUGUGAGAAUAUACAA